AUGUUGAAGAACCUGGGAACCAAGAACAAACAGAGACCACCACUUCUGCCUGACUGUGUCAGGAUCCAGCCCAGUAUCUACCUGGGCCUGCUGGGAGAUAGAAUUUUAACUCAUACUAACCAGGCCCUGGUUCUUAAGGAUAGUUCAGUAAGGCGAAGGUUCCCUGCAGCAGCUGGCAACGCAGAGCCGAGAAGAUUUCUCAGCAAGAGGUUCUUUUCCUCCAGGAAAAACACCUUCCCCGCCCCCAGCCCAGCGCUCGCCCUUCUGGGGACCGCGCGCGCGCCCGCGGGGGGACCAGCCCUUAUCGCGGGGCAGCGCCCCUGCAGGCGGCGACAGGCGCGCGGACUACAACUCCCAGCCUGCCCUGCGCCCGCCCGCCUGCCCGCCUGCCCGCCCGCCGCCACCGCCGCUCGGGAGCCCGAGUGGGCCGUGGCCCUCCUGCCCCGAAGGUUCCGGCUCGCGCGGCGGCGGACGUGGGCCGCGGGGAGCGCGCGCGGAGGCAUGGCGGGGCUGCUGGGCCGGCGGGGCGCGGGCGCGUGCUGGCGCGGGCUGCGUGCGUGGUGCGCGCCCCCGCAGAGCCGCGCGCUGGGCCUGGGCCGAGCGGCGGCGGGCGGCGGCGGCGGCGGCGCGGGGCUGCGGGGCGGCCGGCUGGCCGCGGCGCUGGCCGGGCUGGCGGGGCUGGCGGCCGCGGCGCUCGGGCGGGCCGAGCGCGCCGAGAUGGUGUCCCGGAGCAGCCCGGGGGCGCGGGGCCUCGAGGAAGAGGACGACGAGCUGGCCCGCCGCUGCCGCCGCUUCAUGGCCCGGCCCGUGACCGACCUGCAGGAGCUGCGGGCGCGGCCGGGCGACAUGAAGACCCGGAUGGAGCUGCUCAUCCUGGAGACGCAGGCGCAGGUGUGCCAGGCGCUGGCACAGGUGGAUGGGGGCGCCCGCUUCUCGGUGGACCGCUGGGAGCGGAAGGAAGGAGGAGGGGGUAUCAGCUGUGUCCUUCAAGAUGGGCAUGUUUUCGAAAAAGCUGGCGUAAGCAUUUCUGUCGUCCAUGGGAAUCUUUCUGAGGAAGCAGCAAAGCAAAUGAGAAGCAGAGGGAAAAAUUUGAAGACUAAAGAUGGUAAAUUACCGUUUUCUGCCAUGGGAGUGAGCUCUGUUAUCCACCCAAAGAAUCCUCAUGCUCCUACUAUUCAUUUCAACUACAGAUACUUUGAAGUGGAAGAAGCUGAUGGUAACACGCAGUGGUGGUUUGGCGGUGGAUGUGACCUCACUCCAACAUACUUGAACAAAGAGGAUGCUGUACAUUUUCACAGAACUCUGAAGGAGGCUUGUGACCCGCAUGGUACAGAUCUCUAUCCCAAAUUCAAAAAAUGGUGUGACGAUUACUUUUUCAUCACCCAUCGAGGAGAGCGGAGGGGCAUCGGCGGGAUCUUCUUCGACGACCUGGACUCUCCGUCCAAGGAGGAGGUGUUUGGCUUCGUGAAGAGCUGUGCCCAGGCCGUGGUUCCUUCGUACAUUCCCCUGGUGAAGAAGCACUGCCGUGACUCAUUCACCCCCCAGGAGAAGCUGUGGCAGCAGCUGCGGAGGGGACGAUAUGUAGAAUUUAAUCUGCUGUAUGAUCGGGGCACAAAGUUUGGGCUCUUCACUCCAGGCUCCAGGAUUGAGAGCAUCUUGAUGUCUUUACCUCUGACUGCCCGAUGGGAGUACAUGCACUCACCCUCAGAGAAUUCCAAAGAAGCUGAAAUUCUGGAAGUUCUGCGCCACCCAAAGGACUGGGUGCAUUGAUGUAGGCAGUGGCUUUGGGGUUUGAGGGAACACAUAUGGGACUGCCUCUUCUGCUGUCUAAGUCUGGUACCACUGUGUGUCACUUCAGUAUCCGUGCCUUAAAUUUCCAGUCUUUACACUGGGGCCCACUAUCUCCUGGCAAGUGGUUUUAAGUGUUUAAUGUGUUUUAAGUGCCCUAAGUUUACAUAGGAUGUGUUUUAGUGGUGUGGUGGCACGUUGUCGGUCAUUUAGUAGAUAGGAAAUUUAGACUUUUAGAAUCACCUUAUGUGAUUAGUUUACAAAAAAUAUGUCGUUGUACUUCCAAGUAUGGAGUUAAAGCAAUCUAAACAUCAUUUGUAUCAGGAAAUGUCUUGUUAUUCUGUUACAUAUUUUUUUUUAGCAUUUUAGUUUCUGCUUCCGAAAAAAAUGUGUUGUAGAGUAAUUUUAUUUUCUCUAAUGAAAUGAGCUUAGGAUUCAGAACUAGUAAAUUUAGCAAGUAACUGAUAGUAAAAGUUUUACUUUGUCAUUUAUAUAGUCGCUUUGAUCAAAAUCUUUGUUUGUUUCUUUGAAGAUCUUAAUAUUGUAAAAUAGUCAUUUUUAGAAUGAAGAAUAUUUAAAAUACACUUCAGAUUUUUUAUCUCUGCAUGUGUGACAAUUGAGUGAGUUCCCGUAGUUACCUCUGUGACAUAGUCGUCAUUUAAAAAGGGGACAUCUAAUUGUAAUUUUGAUUGUUUAAAACUAUAAUUUGUCAUAAGAUUCUCUGUACUGCUGAAUGUGAAAGCUUAUUGGAGUCUGGUAUUUAAACUUUAGAUUUCAGACAGUUCUCUAUUGAAAUGGACUAAUCUAGGGGAUACUGUGAAUGUAGGUAAUGUUUUUGUUUUGGGAAAUGAGGAAAUGAGACGAAGGUUAGCUUUGUAUAAAUAUGUAUUUUUGAAGGUGGGUAAUGAAAAUUAUCUUCAUUUUAAAAUGAGAGAUUCUGUCAUCCUUAAGACAGAAUUCAAGAGUUGAAGAGACAGUAAAUGUGUUGAGGCACUUGGCCUGUAUGCAGCCAACUGUGGCUCAUUCCCUGACGCUGCAUAUGGUACCCUGAUUACCACUGAGAGCAACCCUUGAGCACAGAGCUGGCUGUAGCUUCAGGGUGUGGCCUCAGAGCCGAAAAAGAACAAAUUAUAAUAGAAUUCUUAAUGUAACUUUCUUUUUCAUAUAAUAUGAAUAUUUUACUAAUGGUGCAUGGAAGUAUAUAAGGAAUCAUACCUUCCUACAUAUUAAUAAGCAUUAUCUUGUGAUGUGUUGAAUGUAUAUGACUGCGUGUGACUCUAUAGAGUUGAAAAAUAUAUGAAUUUAGUUUUAAAAGUUUCACUAAUAAAUUUUAUUAUAAGAUA